AUGAGACCAGUCUCCUUGCGGACAAAACCAAAACGCGGCUCCUUCCCAACACGGUCGCUCCCUGGGCCCGGACGCAGCAACCGCAACGCCCACCGCCACCUCUCCAACUGCGCAGCCGCACACUCUCCGCGGCGCUCUGGCCCCCUCCCAUCUGCCGCAGUUAGGAAAGACCGAGAAGUGCGGGCGGAGCCGCCCCCGCCCUCCGCAAGGCCAGCCCAAAGGCGGACUCGCGGGAGCGUCACAGCGGGUGGAAGCAGGAAUCUCGCGACGCUACGACCGCGUUUGCGCCAACAGCGGCGGGCGGGCUCUCAGCGGCCACAAAAUGGCGUCGCAGAAGCAGCAGCAGCGGAGCUGCGCGAGCCAAACUCCCUUCUCCCGCUUCCUCCCCGCAGCUCCACCGUUCUGGGGUCACUGUGGCCGCACUCAAAAAGGCCCAGCCGCAUCGCCAGCAAAGUCAGAGAGAACCGGCCCACUACACGACGGGUCCGGGUAAUGAGGGCGUUAAGCCUGACAGGGAGGGGCGCGCAAACGCUGUCAAAACGACCCCAACUGUGACCGCCGUUCCAUCUCAAUACCCUUAAAACAGUAUGCCAAAAAGGAGACGUGCCCCAGCGCCCACCUCGAAUCAACUGUGCUCAUUUUAGAUGCCGUCUUCCGCAAAGAAAGCAGCCCCGGCCACUCACAAUAUGAGCGGCCAUGAAGAAACCUCGAUCCGAGAACGGUUGCCCUCAAAGUGAGCCACUCACCUACCGGACGGGGUCUUUGGCGGCUGAGACCCAGACAGGUCCGUAGUCUGCGACGGAGUCGUCGACCUCCACGCAAACCAGGACUUAUCUCGUCUACGUCUCUACACAACUGACGCACUUAGCGGCUCUAGCGCUCCACAAAAUGGAGGGCGCGUCUGCGUCACUUCCGGACACCGCAUUUUUGAGAAGUGCCCGGAAUCUGGAGUUGGUGUGCUUGCAACUAGAGUUAAACAGAGGAAAAGUAGUUCAGGAAGGAGAGCAACUGACCGUUAACUCAGAACUGAAACUCGGAUAGUUUGUAUGGGGUCUCCAUAUGCAAUCCUGUAGCCUGAAAGUCUGAAGUCCUGCUUGCCUUGGCUGAUGCCUCCCAGCCCGUGCCUGCGUCCGACAUUGUCCCUGAUCGCUUCCCCCGACAAGCCCAUCACCCAACCCUGCCAUCUUAAUUGUUCUUAUGAUAAUGUAAAUACCUCUCACCCAACCCUGUUAUUGUAACUGAACUUGUGGUCAUGUAUACUCCUUGCCUCCUACCCCCGACCACUGUAACUGAUCUUACUCUGCAAUACCCUUGCCCCCCAAAAAACUACCCAAAUCUGUAAAACCAACUCCUAUCCCACUGCCCUUUGCUAAUGCCCUUUUCGGCCUUAGCCCACCUGCACCCAGGUGAAUAAACAGCUAUGUUGCUCACUCAAA